CGUACAAAACAUCCCCUCUCAUCUCAAUUGAGUAGUAUUGAUUUUUGGAGGUCCAAUUCCAAAACAUCCCCUCUCAUAUCAAUUGCAUCUCCCAUCCGUUCCUCCUCCAUUUCAAUAAAUCCAAUCACUUCUCCGGUCCUCGCCGCCGCCGCCGCCGCCGUCUUCGUUUUCCUGGGCUUUAACUCCUCGCAUCGUUGAACAUCCAGGCUGCCAAGAUUAUUACAAUCCAAAAAUCCACAUCAUUACUCAAAAAGUAACCAGGGCGUUGUUGUUGCUGUCUUUGUUCAAUUUGUUUCUCUGGGUGAGAAUGUGGAACUUUGCAUCCAACUUUACUGUUGGGAACACAAGGCCAAAGGAAGAUCAUCGGAAUCCUACUCGCGAUGCAGAUUGCUCUGAUGAUGAAGGUUCAUCCAUCACAAGUAGAGAGGAUAGACUAGAGUGCCCAAUUUGUUGGGAAUCGUUCAACAUCGUUGAAAACAUACCCUAUGUUUUAUGGUGUGGCCACACACUGUGUAAAAACUGCAUCCUGGGGUUACAAUGGGCUGUUGUGAAGUGCCCUUCUUUACCCAUCCAGCUCCCACUCUUCAUAUCAUGUCCCUGGUGCAAUUUACUGUCAUUGCGUCUGGUUUACAGGGGCAACCUCAAGUUCCCCAGAAAGAACUUUUUCCUUCUUUGGAUGCUUGAGAGCAUGAAUGGUGACAGGAGAGUGUCCUGUUCUGCCUCAUGUGGGGAUGAUGACCCACCAUCUUGGCCCCCUGUUAGGACACCAUCUGGAAAUUCUUCUAUCGAGCCCAGUUUCAGGAGGGCCUCACACACUGACCUUUCAGAACAAGUACGAUCACGGCGUGAUCAAAGUCAUCCGGAUGGCUUUCUUGCUGUUGAGAGACUACAUUCUUCAAUCAGGAAAUCACUGGUCUUCUUCAUUCAUCUGACAGCCAAGUUCCCACUGGUGAUUAUAUUCCUUCUGAUCCUCCUGUACGCCAUUCCCGCCAGUGCAGCAAUACUGGCCCUCUAUUUGCUCAUCACCGUUGUGUUUGCUCUUCCAUCGCUUCUCAUUUUGUACUUUGCGUAUCCGAGCUUAGAUUGGCUGGUCAGAGAAAUCAUGACCUGAGAUGACAGAUUGAUGGAUUCAAGCUUCUUGGGAUUGUUUGCUGCUAUAUAUUCAAGUGUUUUUAUGCCAAAACUUCUACUAAAUCAAGUUGCUUCCCCUGUUUUUUUGUUUCCUUCCAAACAUUGAGCUUGUAUUGCAAAAUGAUGCAGUGCUUGAACCAUGGGGAACUCAUUGCCCACAUUUGAGUUUUUUGUUUAAUUUAUUUAAAGAAUGCUUCAUGCAUUUCGAAAUUUAUUAUUCUCCUCGAGGUGGGUAUAUAUCCACAUCAUCAUAAGAAAAAUUGUAUUUCUAA